AUGGGAAGAAUUGGAAAGAGAUUAGACAUAGAUUUCAUUGUUUCAACUGACCCUGCAUUUGAGGACUCAUUUACCAAAAUCUACACACCAAAGAGCCUGCAAAAGCAGUGGUACGCCGGCAAAGGUGAUGCAGAGGCACAACUGAGCCCUCUUCUUAGGAAAGUUGACAGUAGAUGGAUUUGCUUGAGAUCUUUCCUGGUCAAUGCAGAUACCACUCCUUUCGCAGAAGAGUACUUCACUGAAAAGCAACAUAGUUAUGAUUGGCGAGGCGUCACGCCUCAAAAAACUUACAUUGCAAAAGUGUUAAAAGAACUUGAAUCAGCAUUGAGGCAAUCAACGGCGAAAUGGAAAAUAGUUGUUGGUCACCAUGGUGACACUCAGGAACUUAUACAGAGGCUUCUUCCAAUUCUUAAGACCUGCAAUGUCGAUUUUUACAUGAAUGGGCAUGACCAUUGCCUUGAACACAUUAGCGAUAAUGAAAGCCCCAUCCUGUUUCUAACCAGUGGCGCGGGCUCAAAGGCAUGGAGGGGAAAUGUUAAAAGAUUAAACAGAGAAGAUGUAAUGUUCUUCUAUGAUGGGCAAGGUUUCAUGUCUGUGCAGUUAACACAGACUGAAUCAGUGAUUAUGUUCUAUGAUGUUUUUGGUACAGUUUUACACAGAUUGACUACGUUCAGGCAACUUCACUCGGCUAUAUAG